GAUAUAAAUACCCAAUUCACUGCGACUACUUCAUCACCUGUUCCAUUUGAUCUAUAUGACGAUGAUGAAUAUGAUAAAAAUAGCAAGCCAUUUGAAAUAUAUAAAGAUGAAAAUAAUGAAGAUAGUCAGCCAUUUGAAGUAUAUAAGGAUGAAAAUAAUGAAGAUAGUCAGCCAUUUGAAGUUUACAAGGAUGAAAAUGAAGAUGAUUAUAAACCUUUUGAGGUAUACAGAGAUGAAGACGAUUCAAAGUCAUGUACAAUCAACACAAUUAACAAUAAUAAGCCAUUCACAUGUAUCAGAGAAGAUAAUAAAGAAAAUGAACCGCUGUCAAUAGACAACAAUGAAAAUGAUGCUUUGAGUGAAGAUUUAGACAGUGAUAUCAAUAUCCCUCAAACAAAAGAUACCGCAGUAGCCCUCAAAUCCAAUAAAAAAACAAAAUCGUUUGAUGAUUUUUCAUUUUUUGGUGAGGUCGAUGACGAAGGUUCUAAUACUAAUUCUACUUACUUUGAUCUUGAAAAAGAACGUGAAAAUGGAGAACAAGGAAAUAAUUUUGAUGUCUUUACUGAUCUUGAUGGAGACUUUUCAGUAGGAGAAUUAGCUUCAACAGAUGAAGCCUUUAGCAUCUGCAUUGACACUAAAAACAAAGAUUCAUUACAAGAUUACACUUUAUCACCUGAAAUUCAGACACUCAGUCAAGUACAUGUGCCUUUACCAAAUCCACGUGGCAAAGACAUUUUAGAAAAACUAAACAUUAAAAGUAUAAAUGAUUCCAAACAAAAACUUGAAGUGGACAAUGAAGACGAUGUUGAUGAUGACGACGAUGAUGGAUUACCACUAUUCAAUUAACUCUAUAUUUUUUUUCUUUUCUUUCCUCCUUCCCCUCUCCCAUUAUAUAUAGUACAAAUUUUUAUAUGCUUUUUUAUUUUACUUUAUUUUAUUUAAAUACCCAUUUCUUUCAUUUUAAAGCUUUCUUUUAUUAUAAAUAAAUUUCAUUUUAUA